AUGUCUCAACAAGCCUCCCACCCCCCACCCGCAACCAUAACACCAACAACCCAAGACCUCCUCGCCGAGCGUCUCUCAGCCAUGCGCACCGCCUUCAUUCAAGAAAGGGUCGCCAUCAUGACGCGCACAAUCACGCGCUUCCAGCGCCUGCACGCCGAAGUCUGCUUCGACAUCACGAUGGUGCGGCACAGCCUUGUACGCGCCGGAUACGACCUUCAGGCACGUGCGCCGCGUGCGGAGGUGGAUAUGACGGCGAACAUGAGGGGCGAGGGGGCGAGGCUCCAGGUGUGCCUGAGUGUUAUAUUGGAUUGUAGGACCAUGAUGGCCGGGGUGAAUUUUCAGAGGGGGGAGUUGCUGUGGAGGGAGAGGGAGGAUGUGGUGAAUGAGGGGUGGAGAAGGAUAUGA